AUGGAGGCACGGGAGCUGCUGCAGGAGCUGUGCGGCUCGCUGCGCGCGGUGCUGGCACGGGUCAGAGAGGGCGAACCGGGCGAAGGCCGUGAGCCGUUUGAGCCUCCGCGGUUCUGGGACGCGCUAGGUCAAGCAUUCAAGGCAACAUCACAGGAAGCUACAAAGCUUAGUCUAGCAUUCUCGAGGCCUCCGCUGCCUUCUGCAGAGAAUUGUCAAAAGCUGAGUGAAGAUGUCCAAAAUGCCAUUCUUGCAGUUGCCACAGUGUACUACUGGCUCCCCAAGGGCCAAGGUACUACACUUCGGAAGAUGGUACGAGAUGCUACCACUGAAGUAUUGGAGGGAAUGAUCCAGCUCACAGAAACAAUUCUUAUUUCUCCAUUGGGAAGCUCAUCUCAGGAGCAACUUAUAUCAACUGGUGGUGUGUGGGAGGCAUGUGAGCAAGUGUCCAGCCUGCCACGAGAUAACCAGGCAGCAGUUGUGUCUGCUCUGUCUGCAUUUCUAGGUGUGGUCAAGGAUGCUGUGGAAGAGAUGGAAAAUGCUCUGGUGGAAGAACGAGACCCCUACAGUGAUAUCAUAGAAGACGAGGAGCUCGGCUUUCGGGGUAACAGAGAUACCUAUUGGUCAGAAGCUGACCGGAAGUUGCUUGGCUCCUGCAUGGGAUUAAUGAAGGCUUCUAAAGCUUGCCUAAAGAAGGUCUUGAGUGUAGUGAAGGCUUAUGGGAAAGCUGACUCUCCAGAGCAGAUUGCUCAGCUGGAUGACCUUGCAGACAUUGCUAAUGAGAUCAGUCCAAGUGUUGAUGAGCUGGCACUGAGCAUGUACCCACCUAUGAACCAUCUGGCCGUGCGACUCAAUGCUGCUAAAUUGGCCUCAGUAUUAAAGAAAGUCUUAGAGAUUACAAAGACAAGCCAUGUAUGUCCACCAUCAGAAGAAGGCUGGGUGCAGUUUCUAACAGGUGCAGUAGAUCACAACAUGGACAAAAUCAAGAACUUCACACAGGGUGAACUUUAG